GGAAAAUGUAAAUGUUGAAUCUUCUGGUCUGCGUGUUGUGAAUUCGUUGUGAUGUGGUGGGGAGACUGAUCUGGGGACGAGACUUAUAUAGAAAUAGCCAGUCUUCUCGCUAAUGUGUGCUUAUAGCUUAUAUAGAAACAUCGGUAUUAAAUUAAGACUGUUCCAUUAGCGGUUAAAAAGUCUUCCAAUCACUGCACAAGCGGAGCCCUCAGUCAGGUCAAAGAUCAACAAAUUUGAAGUACAAACCCAGCCAACAUUUUUGCCCCCCUGGUCCCACCCUGGGGGCACCAUUUGUAAUACAUCCAUUUUAUUUAUGAAAUACAUUGCAUUUUCUUUGGGGCCCAUACCUACUUGGUACCCAGGUAGCCCUGGUGUAACCUGUGUGGGGGCCCACUUGAUCAAUCCCAACCAUGUGGACAACUGGCUUUGGCCAUUAUGGAACCCAUGGACAAUCCCAUACAGGGCCCAUUUAUUUUAGCCCAUUUACUACCUACAUAGGCCCCGCAUACAAAUGUUGGCUGGGAAUUAAACAAAUGUAGCACUUGAUGGCAGUAAUGUCAGUGGUGGUCACUCUCCAGUCUCUCCAUGAUUCUGAACAGCACCACAGACAGCAGGAAGUCUCAAACACUCAAAUACAAAAUGACCUAAAAAAGACAAUGAGGAAGCUGGAGGGAACAAAAAAUAUCCAUAGAGAGAGAAGAAACACAUGCUAGUAUCAACAGACCAACAGCUGCGUCUUAUCACAGUUCCUGCUUCAGCAAAUGUCAAUCAAACCACACAGACACGCAUAGCAGAUACUGUACAUGUUUCCUCUUCAGUUUCAUAGUUUUUGUCCUCUCAGACUCAGACGGACAGUCUUUGAGGAGCCGAGAGUCUUCUUCAGAAUGCAGCUCUUCCUCACCCUCCUCUUCCUCCUGUCCUCCUACGUUGCCACCGUUACAGCGUGGGCUGGCUGCACCAGGGACAGGGACAAGGACCACCGGACGAGGGAGAACUGCACAGCGCUCGGCUUCAGUGACGUCCCAGCGGGAUUUGAACCCACGACGAAGGUUAUGUUGUUUACCAACAACCUGUUCUCCAGUCUGUCCUGGUCCUCCUUCCAGAUCUUCACAGCCAUCUAUGAGAUCGACCUUUCAGGCAACAAGAUUCCACAGGUGACCUCCAGUGUUACUCCGAUCUUGCCCACCCUCAGUGUUCUCCGGCUGGGUUCGAACCGCCUGACGUCCCUCUCUGACGGCUCCUUCACCGCCUGUCCUGCUCUAACUGAACUCUACCUGGACAACAACGUGUUAGACUCUCUGAAUGACCACACCUUCUCUGGACUCAGCAAGCUGGAGAUCCUGGACUUGUCAUCCAAUCGUAUCAAGGUGCUUCCCGAGCUCAUGCUCCACCCACUCCCUGCCAUAGAGACCCUCUACCUGGAGAGCAACAAGAUCAUGGUGAUGCCAGAUGAUUGGUUCAGCAAGAAGGAGGAAGUGCCGUACCUCUUCCUCUCAGCCAAUCCCUGGGCCUGCUCCUGUUCCCUUGGUUAUUUGCGCAGAUACCUAGACGACUAUGAAUUCAACGUUUACGUCCGAGAUGGCCCAAUCAUCCAGAGCGACGCAGAGAGUGUGGUGUGUGACUCUCCACAGUGGCUUAAGGAUAAACCUGUAGUGACACUGGAAGAAUCUGACCUGUGUUCACCUGCGCCUGAACCAAAUCCAGCCGGAGACAGUGACAAGCAAACUAUUCCUGUCCAUACAGCUACUGUUGCUCCUGCUGUUCCAGAUACUACACCUCUUAUUCCUACGACGCUUCCUCCUGUUCCCACUACUGUUCCUCCUGUUCCCACUACUGUUCCCACUACUGUUCCUCCUGUUCCCACUACUGUUCCUCCUGUUCCCACUACUGUUCCCACUACUGUUCCUACUACUGUUCCUCCUGUUCCCACUACUGUUCCCACUACUGUUCCUACUACUGUUCCUCCUGUUCCCACUACUGUUCCCACUACUGUUCCUACUACUGUUCCUCCUGUUCCCACUACUGUUCCCACUACUGUUCCCACUACUGUUCCUACUACUGUUCCUCCUGUUCCCACUACUGUUCCUACUACUGUUCCUCCUGUUCCUACUACUGUUCCUCCUGUUCCUACUACUGUUCCUCCUGUUCCUACUACUGUUCCUACUACUGUUCCUACUACUGUUCCUCCUGUUCCCACUACUGUUCCUCCUGUUCCUACUACUGUUCCUACUACUGUUCCUCCUGUUCCCACUACUGUUCCUCCUGUUCCCACUACUGUUCCUCCUGUUCCUACAACGAUUCCUCCCGUUCCUAUUCCUACUUCUAUUGCUGCUGUGCCGUUGAAUGUGUCGCAUACGUUGGCUCCUCAUCCUACUGUCAGACCCCCAACUGAACGUCCUGCUGACACAACGCCAACAAAACCCAGAUUUGUUUUUUCAACUGUCAAGUCAACAACACCAAAACUCCAGGUAGUCCCAACAACCUCCCUCACCGUGGCAACCAUCACAUCAACCCCUUCAUGGGCAAUCAACGAAGGAGCCGGUGGUAGGAUUGGUGCUGUUGGAGGCGCAGGCGUGUUUUGCUUUUGGCUUUUCGCAGGGUGUCUGCUGCUGUGCGUGGCGUCAGCGGUGUACAUAUUAGUGACUCUGGUGUGGCUGGUCAACUGGUACAGGAAGGUGUACAAGCCGCUGAGCAUGGCGCUGACGAGGAGAGGAAGAGGUGGUGAGGUUGUGAGGCUGUCAACAUACAGCAGCAGGAGAGGGAAAGAGUUGCUGGAAGAAGGAGCAGGAGGAGGAGUGAUUGCUCUCUAUCGUUCUGUGCUGUUUGCCAACAAAGAGGGAGGAGUGGCUACGGAGAGGGAGGAUGGAGGGAAGGAAGGUGCAGGAGGGAAUGAAAGACUCCUUGUCACUCUGGAGCCAACGGGAGGAAGAGGAGGAGGAGGAGGAACGAUGGGAGAGGAAGAAGGAGAAAGAGGAGGGAGGGAGGAGAAGGGAGUGUACAGGAAGAUAUUGUACCGUCUGUUAAGCAAAGAGGAGGAGAUAGAGGGAUGGAGGACCGUGAUGGAGGAGUGUCGGGUCUCUGCAGAAAGUAGAGGAGGGAGGAGGCAAGGAGGGAGGAGGCAAGGAGAGGAGGGAAGUGGAGGAGAAGUUUCUAGAAAGCGCUACAGUGUAAUUCUGAGGGAGGAGAGGGAGGAGGCAGGGGAAGGGAAGGAGGAGCUGGACUGGGUGGUUGGGGGGUGGGAGGUGAAAAGAGGAGAGGAAGAGGGGGAGACCAGGAGCAGCUGGGGGGAGUGGCUGGCACACUACUUACCCAGCAUGCCUUGGAGUGUGACCACUCCACCUGAGGGUGAGGCAGCUCAGUGAUGUCGAUACAGUUGACCACGCGAUCCUGCUACACCGCCUCGAGCAGUCCGUGGGCAUUACAGGCUCCGCCCUUAGCUGGUUCAGGUCUUAUCUGACAGAUCGGACUUUUUCUGUGCAGUCAGGUCACUUUUCCUCUGCUGCAGCCCCACUGACCCGCGGAGUCCCCCAAGGCUCCAUCUUGGGCCCUGUUCUUUUCUUGUUGUAUAUGCUGCCUCUAGGUGAUGUUUUUAGAAAGCACAAGAUUUCACUCCACUGUUUUGCUGACGACAUCCAGAUUUACCUGCCACUAAGGUCACUAAGCAAGGACGCAAUGCAACCUCUACUGGAUUGUUUGAGUGAUGUCAAAUAUUGGUUGAGCUCUAAUUUCUUAAAUCUUAAUGAGUCCAAGACAGAGGUUAUCCUGUUUGGAGGCCACAUGUCCCCACGCAGCUCCGCAGAUUUCCUGGGCCCCCUGAACCCCAACAUUCGUUCCUCUGUAAAGAAUCUCGGAGUGGUUUUUGAUAGCCAAUUCAAAUUUAACAAACAGAUCAGUGCUGUUGUCAAAACUAGCUUUUUCCAGCUACGUCCUCUAGCCAAAACCAAGCCCUGUUUCUCAGCUGCAGACUUUGAAAGGGUGAUCCAUGCCUUCAUAACCACCAGAUUAGAUUAUUGUAACUCCCUUUAUGUUGGCCUGGAUCAGUCCUCCCUCAACCGUCUACAACUCGUCAAGAACGCUGCUGCUCGCCUCCUCACGGGCAAGAAAAAGCGCGACCACAUCCCGCCAGUUUUAGCAUCCCUCCACUGGCUCCUGGUCCGUUUUCGUAUUGAUUUUAAACUCAUUUUAAUUGUUUUUAAAGCCCUCAACGGUCUGGCCCCUCUGUACCUCUCUGAGCUCCUUUUGCGCCACACCCCAACCAGAACCUUAAGGUCUUUGGACCAACUACUGUUGGUGGUGCCAAAAACCAGACUAAAGUCUCGAGGUGACAGAGCCUUCGCAGCGGCUGCCCCCAGGCUCUGGAACAGCCUUCCCCUUCACAUUCGAUCUUCCCAGUCCCUUGAGACUUUUAAAUCCUCCCUAAAAACCUUUCUCUUCCACCUGCCGUAUCAUUCAGCCUGAGCACGAUGAUCUCAAGUUCUUUUUUUUUUUUUUUAAUUGCUAUUUUAAUGUUUGCGCUGUUUGCUCUGUCUUCUUAUCGUUGUUUUCUACAUCUAUUCUAUUUUUGUUAUUGAUGUUGUUUUAACUCUGUACUCCCCAAUGUGCAGCACUUUGGUUGACUGCCGUCAUUUUAAAUGUGCUCUAGAAAUAAAUCCUGACUUGACUUGACUUGUCAACAAUGUGAGUGAUGACAUCACUUCCUGUCUAGCAUCCAUAACUAAUCUCUCAUUCAUCAUUUCUUUUAUCAGAGUCUAUGUUCCAUACUCUACAACAAAGUUAAAACGGUUUCAGAGCGAUGCACCACUGCCGUAAAUACAAAUUGCACCUGCAGGUUGCAAACUGUCUUCCUGACCUAUGAUGUAUUGAGCUGACAGAAUACAAUACUACUGCGACAGUUGUAACCUUUUUGGUGUCGUCCCCGUCCCACAGGGUUCUGUGGACAGAUAUGGAUCCGGCAUCAAAGAACCACUGACAGUAGAGCUAUAUUGGGUCAUUCUUAAACUGUCGUGAUUUUUGUGUCCCUGUCAGAAAUGACAAAAACAAAAACACAUUCCUGAGUUUUAAUUUUCUCCCGCUUACCUGACACCAAAAGAAACGUAAGAAAAAAUUUCAGUUGUUAUUUUUCUAGUAUAUAAAAAGUGGCAGUUUUUGCUGUAUUUCCUUUGUCCCUGAGCCAGAUUUUGAACAUUUAACCCUGCUUAAAUUUGAAAUUAAAGUACCGUAAAACUUCAGUUUAAAGCCUAGUCACGAGUGGCAGCACAUUUUGACAAAUAAAGGCCUGUCUCGAUCAGAGGCCUUGUGUGGUUGGUUGUUCUUUGGAUGUAUAAAAUCAGGUUGUUGGCUACCCACUUGGGCUAACGUUAGUUAGCUGCUUAGAUUACACAUACAUAUAUAAAUGUUUAAACUUUUGUCAGUGAAGAGAUGUUAUAUAUUAUAAACUCAGUUGGAUUCUCCAUAAUUCAAUCCUUCAGUUCAUUUUACUAAAACCAUGAGCACCAAAGGAGACCGUAAUUCAUUCUGAUUUACUGCCAUGAUGGAAAAACAAGUGACUCCCCACGUUACUUCCAAAGCUGUCAUUAAGUCAGAAUAUGUGUCCAAUCCUGGAUUAAAUAAUUCAUAUUCCUUUAGUCCGUAAGGGUCCUCGGAUCAAAAGAAUCGAAAGGAUUUUGAAUAUUGUUUUAACAGAAUAAAGUGAUUUUGUGGAUUCAUUUUUAUGAAAAACCCUUUUAAUUCUUUUAAUCUGAGGACCUUUAUGGACUGAAGGAAUUUGAAUAAUUUACAGGGUAACCCAGGAACGGAGACAUUAUCUGAGGUAGCCAACAACCUGCUUUUAUACACCGGAACAACUUCUAUGAAAAUGAACUGCUUGGCAACCAGUCCAGGCCUCUAUUGAGAGACAGGCCUUUAUUUGUCAAAAUGUGUAGCUACAUCAGGUAGUAAAAGAGACUGGGUGUUAAAUUAGCACUAGGCUUUUAGUUGAAGUUAUAUGGUAAUUUAUGUAUACCUGUACUAGGAACGGGUGGAGUUUGAGUCGAAAAUGUCAUUUAAAUCAAAAGUGGGUGUGGCCUAAUCUGAGGCUGUUAUUUUAAGCCUGGCGUUGAUAUGGGUUGAUCAGAAGUUAUUUACUAUUUAUUAGAAAAGCAUUUACAGAACAAUCUCAGAAUUAUGCUUCAGAUCAGUCUUGAUCAGAAGAGUAAGACAUCAAACUACCCAAAUAUAGAUUUUCCUGUAUUGAGUGCAGAUAUUGACACAUUUUACUUGAUCCAAGUACUUGGCUCAACCCUAGAAAUUAGGUAACAUGCAAAAAUCCAGCCUCGACACAAAAUCUUUCUCAAAAAUGUGUCGUUUGUUUCACUUGUUAAGACGAUCUAAUGUCUUCAUUAACCUACAUGUUCAUGUAGACGCUCUGAUAACUCUUCUAAUAAAAGGGACGUGAAAUACAGAUGUGUUUUGGUGUUUGUCCCACAUUACCAUCUGAGUUGUGUUGUGCAGAUACAAAGCUUUGAUCACUACCAAGAAACACUGUAUGAUCGCUGUAUGUCUUUAUUUAUCCACUGAAUCCAUUCAGUUAUUUAUUAAAGUGUUAGCGAACAGAUUUCAUCUGUGAUUAUAAGAUACAUAACCAGGUCAUCUUUUUUAUUACACAUUCAUUAAAUCACUCACUAAAACAAUGUGUUUGUGUUCAUGAAUAAUUGUUCCAACUUGAUGUUUUCAAAGGAAAAGAAAUGAUUAAUCUAAAACAAUAAAUCAAUAAAGCAGACAGCUGGCAGAGCUGUAGCUUUAAUACAGACAGAGAGAAACACAAUGUGGUGAAACUGAUUUAAUCUGACGUUACUGACGUCUUUAUCAAGUCCAGUAUUAGAUGUGCAUGAAGCAGCUUUAUCUCAUCUUCACUGAAGUGGACGUUUGACAGGAUUCAAAUGACCUGUACACUGAAACUGCUGCAUAGUCAAAUCAGGUGACAGGUGACCCAGAACACCUGCUCAGUGUUAGUUUAACAUGUUGUUUUAAAUGGCAAAUAGAAGCAAGUGAAAAUGAUGAUUUACUGAAUAACAAGACUAGGUUUAUCAUGUUAGCAACCUCAGUGUAGCCUGUUAGCAUGCUAACAUCAGCUAGUUAGCAGUAAACACAGUGAGUGUCUCAGAUAGUAUAUUACUGUCACUCCACUUCAGUGUAGCACACACACGACGUAUUUCUUGCUUGGUGCACUAAUUUCAACAGAGUAGUGUCUCAAAUCUCACACUGCUGUUUUGUUCUUACUAGAAGUGACAACAGUUUUUUUUUUUUUUU